AUGUCCUACACUCUCCCAUUCUCAAUUUCCAGAUUGAAGGAAUGUGUUACGACAUGCAUCCAUUCUCACCCAGCCUCCAUAUCUCUGUACCGUCAACCCACCAUUGAAGGUGAUGAUCACAUGAUUUUCCUCAUUGAUUCCAAUCCCGACUAUAUCGUCCGAGUCACCAAGCCGCGCGAAGAUGGCUCCCGCUCCUACAAUGACAAAGAGAUGCAGCCCGCGACAUCGCAUUGCGCAGACUUAUCCAAGAUGAGUACCGGGCUCGUUGCCUAG